CGCUGACUCUAAAUAAACCAAUCAUAGAAGCGAAGUGCUAGUGCGUCAUUUCCAUGGACAAACAGGAAGUGUGAUGUGGCUGACUGUAAGAAGAGGUGCACAAGAAUGUCUGCCAUUUUCAACUUCCAGAGCCUGCUAACGGUGAUCCUGCUCCUGGUCUGUACGUGUGCCUACCUCCACUCCCUGGCCCCCAGCCUGCUCGACAAGAACAAGACUGGAGUCCUGGGGAUCUUCUGGAAAUGUGCGCGGAUAGGUGAAAGGAAAAGUCCGUACGUGGCCCUUUGCUGCAUCGUCAUGGCGGUCAGUAUCUUGUUCUCGUAGAGGCGUGACGCUCCCUGGCGGUGGGAGAAGAUGGCUUCCAGCGCAGAGACUGAUGUGAAAACGUCCCCGUUAGACAAACGCUGCUCAUUCCGUCACGCGUCACGGCUGGAGUCGUCGCCGAGGCAGCGUGGGUAACGUGCUGCGGGCCAGCGGCAUUAUGGGUACUCUUUGUUAUCCACCGAUGAGUUCCUCUCACCUCUCCUAAGAUCAAACGUGGGACUGCGUUUCCUCUCCCCGUCUGCUUUCACCUCGCCCUCUCGAUCACUCUAUUGUCCGUUUGACCCCUGAGAUGUUUUGUAUUUUUCUAAAUUCUGAGUCAAUGUUCUAAGACUCCAUUGCUUUCAAAUACCAGAUGUGAUCUUUACAUUAGCAUUUGAAUGUUCAGUUCCAGUAAGAACAUUCUAAUUGCAAAUGUAAGUGGGUUAAGUGUGUGUUUGACUGGGGGAUACCUUCUCAGCAUCUACAACAUGAUGCCACCUUCUUUACAGAUUUGUCAUUUUGAAUGACGUGCUGUCAGAUUAUUGGCUGUUCAAGUGUUUAAUCCCAGAAUGCAUUGCACAUUCAUCCAUGUGUCAUACUCUGCAGUUUGACUUCCCUUUAUCUCAGUGACUUCAUCUGGGUCAUUGAAAGACUGCGUGCGUUUAUACUUUAUUUAACAAGACGAAUCCAAAAGACUAAUGCCAAUGCUUGAUCAUGUUUUCAACUAAAGAAAAUAAGUUAUUUCAGACCUCAUUACACAAGAAGUCAGGAACACCAGAAUCUUUACAUUGAAACCUAUGAUCUGUAUGUCAAUUUCUUUGUUUAUUUGUAUUUUUUGUACCAAAAGCUGCUUUGUAAUUGGCUUUCAUUGGUUACCUACAUUUUCAGAAAGAAUGGUGGUUGUUAAGACAUCUUAUUGGUGUCUGCCCUAUGUCUUUUAAUAUGAAAAGAGUCAUAACAAAAAUAUAAUCAGGAACUUUGUGCUUAACAGUGUAUGGUGGUCUAAUUUGACCUUCAUCUAUUGUUGUGGGGUAUCAGUAUAGACAUCUCUGUAUAUAACUGAAAAGCUUAUUUUGAAAGACGAUCUGUUGGAACAGCACCGAUGCAUCAAGACCUGUUAUCUGAAGGAACUGAAUAGAUUGUCUUGAGAAAAGCAAUGUUUCUGUAUAAAAAAGGGGUGUUUUUUAAGUGUUGUCAGCUUUAAUUAUUAAUAAAGGAUGUCUUUUCACCA